AUGCGUUGUCGUUUCACUAUGACUUCCUCUCCUCUGCUUCAACUCGCAUCACAGCCCAGCCCGCUCCCGCUCGCGUACGACGCCCGUCCGUCCUCCCUCCGCGGAGGCAACGACUUUUGGGCUUUUUUUCAGCAGCGACAGGACAAGCUGGAAGAAACGACUCGCCAGAGUUUCUCCGACCAAUCAGAGGCCUCCGCGUGUUCCGAGCUGCGCGACAAUCCCGAGGGUCCGAAGGCAAUUGAGGACCCUCGGUUAGACGAGGACGGUCAAGUGGACGAUCAGCAAUCGUCGUUACCGAAGCGGAGACCGUUAGGCCCGCCAGUGCAGGGCUCGUAUCUGUCGAAGCGCGAAGAUGACAAGGGCAGAAAGCCGUUGUUUUCCUUCGGAGUCAUCACCGAUGUUCAAUACGCCGAUAUCAACGACGGCCAAUCCUUCCUCGGCAUCCCGAGGUUUUACCGCCACAGCCUCGAAGUGGUAAAGAAGGCGGUGGAGGAUUGGAACCAAUCAACGCCUCCGAUGUCUUUUGCGGUUCAUUUCGGCGAUAUUGUGGACGGCUUCUGCCCCAGAGACAGAUCCGAGGAAGCUGUUAACACGGUUCUGGAUGCGUUGGCUGGGUUCACAGCCGGACCCACAUACCACAUGAUCGGCAACCACUGCUUGUACAAUCUGCCUCGCGUCACUCUCAAUAAGAUGCUCGCCAUCCCCACUGCCGCUGACAACCGCUCCUACUAUGACUUCUCGCCCUUCCCUAACUUCAGGUUUGUAGUUCUUGAUUCGUACGACGUGAGUCUGCUGGGGUGGCCUGAGGACCAUCCGCACGCAGUGAAGGCGAGGGAGGUGAUGGAGCGGGAGAACCCCAACGAGGAGAAGAACAGCCCUGAGGGGCUCGAAGGGCUCAACAGGAGGUUUGUGAAGUUCAACGGAGGUGUGGGGGAGGAGCAGCUCCGGUGCCCACAUCCCUUCCCCCUCCUCACCUGCAUCCAUCCUCCUCGGUCCCCACCUUUCCUCCCUCCUCCCACCCCUCAGGUCCUAGCCACCAUUCACAGGCACGAGUGUGUGGCAGCAGUGAUAGCCGGGCACGCGCACUUCGGAGCAUACGCUCUCGACGCCAGAGGCAUUCACGACCGCAUUCUGGAGGGAGCCGUGGAGUGUCCCCCUUCCCCUGACACCCUCUUCCUCCCCCCGUCAUGGUCCCCUUUAAGCAUGUGGAGCCUGCAUGCUCUCCCCUCUCACCUGCAUCCCCUCGCUUUCCUGGCGUCCCCCUCUCCCCCUCAGGUCCUUGCGACCAUCCACAGGCACGAGUGUGUGGCAGCAGUGAUAGCCGGACACGCGCACUUCGGAGCAUACGCUCUCGACGCCAGAGGCAUCCACCACCGCAUCCUGGAGGGCGCUGUGGAGUGUCCCCCCGGCACGGUGGCGUUCGGGCGUGUGGACGUGUAUCGUGACCGCCUGUGCAUCAUUGGCACGGACCGCAUGCUCUGCACUGAGAUGAAGUUCCCCUCGCGAGCCAGCCACUACGCUCUGUAG